CCUACACGUCUGCCCUUUGUGUCAACACGGAAGUUGUUGAGUCGGAUUCGUUGUGUUGGCGUUUGCUGAAGUGUGUUUAUCACUUGUACUGAAAUCACAGCAUUGUUCUUUUAUUAUAUUUUACCACUCCAUUGUUCUCCAAAAGCACGAUGCGUUUAACAGUUCUCUGUGUUCUCUUGAUCUGCUUGUCUCUGGUGGCCAGUGCUCCAGCGGUAAAUGAAGAUCAAGUCCUCGCUGAAACUAGUAUUCAAGAAGUGCAUCCCGAUGAGAAAUCUACUUCCCCCACCACAGAAGCAAAUAAAGUUAAACCAGAAAUCGGGCCGCAGGAGGCCAAAGAAAGUGACAAAGAUGAACCAUCAAAUACUCUGGAGGGAAGUAAUAAAGAUCUAGUGAAGAACAAAGUUUUAUUGAAAAAUACCGGAGAUGAUGCAGAGAAUUCUCCGAAUGAAAAAAAAGACGAUAAAUCACAGCAGACCUCAUCAAUGCAAUCUGAUGUUGGUGUGCAGAAGCCCACGGAACCUAAAAGUCCUAUGGACAGUACCCUUCAGGACAAUAAAACGUCCAGUGAGGAGGCUAAAACAACAGUUAAGGUUACUAUGGUGCCUGAUGAGAAGGCUAAGAACACCGUUGAGCCUGGUAAACCUGAUAAAAAGGUUGAAGACACCAAGGCGGUCACUAAAGAUAAGAUGGGCGAUGAGAAUGUUAAGAUAACCGAGCAGGAUGAUGAGAAGGCUGAUAAGGAUAAGUCGGCCGUCGCGGAUAAGAAUGUCGAUCAGGAUGAUAGGACGACAGAUUAUGAAGACGGUUCAGAUGAAGCUAACGAGAAUAAAGAAUCCACAGUAGAGAAAACCACUCCAUCAUUUGAGGGUGGUGAUGGUACUGAGGAUGAUGGUGAGGAUCUUGCUCUGAACUUACCGGAGUCUGAUAAUAACGCACCCAUCCGCAAAGUUGUGAAUAACUCUGGGAGCAAACAGAGGAACGGGAAUGACAAUCUUCAGAUAGAGGACAGUGCAGAGAGCAGCCAUUUCUUCGCCUAUCUCGUGUGUGCUGUUAUACUGGUGGCCGGGCUCUACAUAGCAAAUCACAACAAGCGCAAGAUCCUUGCCUUUUUUCUUGAGGGCCGGAGAUCGAGAGGAUCCCGGAGACCAAAAACAUCUGAUUACCAAAAACUUGAACAGCAUUGAGAAAGUCCAGUUUGAUGAAGCUUGAUGGAUGAAUCGAAAUAACUGUGACCUUUAUCUUGAAAUUCUCUGUCAUCGGGCAGUCAUUACCACUUCUAACCACUGUACACUAUUUAUCAGUAACUCGCAUAAAAAAUUGAUAUUAAUAAUCAUCAUAACUGUUCAAAGCAUGUCACCAAGGUAUGUUGGAAAUGAUUUUCAGUCACGUUUGAAGCAUACUAAUACAAGAAUGAAAUUCUCCAUAUGAUGUUGUGUUCGGUUAAAUUAACAGCCUGUUAUAGUUUAGCAGUCAAUUUUUUUUGUUGUGAGUUUCUCUUUGUUUUCUGUUUUUUCUUUAUUUCAAAUCUAUUACUAGACUAACAGGGAAGGAAACAUGUAUAUUUUUAAAUGAAGAAUGUAUUCGCUGCUUUUUUCAUGAUUGUGAAACUUGUUUUAUGGGAAUGAAUGUGUUCCUGAGGGUGUGAUUGUUGUUUUAGUAUAGUUGCUCAGAGGGUUUUGUUUUUGCCUUAACUAAAAUAUGAGCUCAUAAAGAUGUUAAUGAUUCAUGCACUUUCUUUCCCUCUGUAAAAUAGGAUGUGAGCUGUUGUUUUCUUUUAGGCUUGGGAUGUAUUGUCCAUAAAUGCUAAUACAAGCUCAAUAAUAGGGAUUUUCGAUACAUUUAUUUUUUUGCACUGGUGUCAGAAAGACAAGAUAACUUUUUGGUAAAUGUUAAAUUUUAGGUUGAUUAUUGUUAAGCUCCGCUUUGUUUGGUUAAAUACAUAUACAGUAACUGUUACUCAUGCUUAUACAAUGUCCAGUUUUGCUGUGAAGUGUUUUUAUCUGUUAACACUGUAUUUUAAUUUGUCCGUUAGUAGUUUGGUUGUGAUUUUCUAAGUGGACUGUACUCGCAUGCCUAAAAAUAUGAUUUUUACAAACUGAUUUCAGUCAAGCCGCUUGGCUCAGAAAAGAAGCCACUUGUCUCGAAGUAGUCAUGUUCAAAUAAGCCGUCCAUGUGUGCUGAUUGUUCAGCAUUAUUAUGAGUAGAAUGCACUCCUUGUUUUCAGGUAGAUGAAGUAACAACCUUCUUAGUGGCACGUCAGGUUCUUUGUCCUGUGUUUUUUUUUCCUUUUCAGGUCGGUCAAAUUUUAAGCAUGUAUUGUUUUACACUAUAAUUUAUGCAUUGUUUAAAGGAAUAUUUGAGAGGAUGAUGUUAUCUGUAACAAAAAAGCAUAAAAAAAAAUUGACUUAGGUUUAGCUGUGGUAUUAUAAUUAUUAAAAUUACUUAUUUAUUAAAAAGGAAAAACAUAAUUCCUGUGCCAAAAUAGUUUCCUGAAAUAAGGAAAUUUGUGAUGGUUUUAAAAUACACUCAUACAGACACUUAAUACUCAAAAUAAAAAUGCAUUUAUUAUUCUGUGCCAUGUCAUAAAUUGUCACUUGGGGAUGUACUGUGUUAUCAGCCCAGCUUUAUACCUGUGGCUUUGCCCAACAAUGUUUCUUGAGAUGCUAUUUUUAAUUAUUAUCUGGGAAGAAAUGAUGGGGUUCUACUGUGGUCUGUGUUUUAUCACUAUUGCAAUGUUUUCACAGGUGAUAUAUUCUUUCUAAAAUAAAGAGAAAUGGAAUAAGG